CAAGGCCCAAGGUCCGGGUCGGCUUAGGCUAGGUUGGCCGGGCUGGGCUGCCUUUUUAACCUUUCUCAAGGUUGCCUUCUGAUGCCUUGCUCCCUCUCCGCAGGUCCUCCGCAUUUGCAGGUGCAGGUAAGGUCAGGCCAAGCAGCUCUUGACUGGACUUUGACUCCCACACACACACACACUCACACUCACACUCGCGCACACCAAGCACAUCUACCAUCCUCGUCCUUCCUGCCUGUCCUCGAUCCACCCUUUCACACGUCCUUCCCUCCUCCACAUCCCACCUCCCACCUCCCAACAACCUCUUGCCUCCUCUCCCACCUGACGUCCUGAUCGCCAGCCCUGCAGCGCAAGAACUGCAGCACAAGAACACACACCACGCAGCGAGUUUGGGCAUCUCGCACUCCAUCCGCCUCUGGGCGCGCCAGGGCAAGAAAGACACAAAGGAGAGGAAGACUUGAAAGAUGGGCGCAUAGAUCAUCGUCGCAAAUCGGUCCCCUGGGAAAAAGACAGACCCGCGCAAGAGGAUCGUCAUUCGAGAUGCGAACGCCCUCCACUCACUCUCGUCGUUGAGCAUCUAACCAGGAACCAAAACCCACCUGAUAGAGCUGCAAGCCUGCCGCCCUCCCCCACAGAAUAACUGCACCCUGCCUCGUCUGAGCCCGCACAAAUACACUCCUAGACAGACAGCCCUGACGACGAUCGCUUCCUGUCUUUCCCUUCCCUCGACACAUACUUGUUGCCAUUGCCUGUCGCAUCUCACAUAACUUACCUGCUCUGGCCGGCAUUGUUGUCCGACUCGGGCUGUUCCUAUUGUUCCCUUGGCCUCGAGUCAACACCUGUCGCACUCCAAUCUAUGAGCCCGAUCCUUUUUUGUUCUUGGCCCUCUCGCUUGGGUAAUAGGCCGGACGUCCAGAAUUUGUCGCCCUCGCCGUAGCUCUCGCACGUCGCAGUCAAGUCUCACCAUCAGCUGUCGCCGCCCUGGCCAUCUUGUCGCUCCGUACCCUGGCAAUCUGGUCGAGCUGCUGAGUCAACCCAUCGACCAUCGUCAGCUUCACCAGACAUAUCUCCGCCUGACUGUCGCCGUACCACGGGCUGCCCGGGUCUCUGGCGCCAUCCAUCCGCACCCCAGGCUGUUCGAUGUUUGACUUUUGCCACCUUCACUUCAUCUUUAAUAUUCUACAGCAUAGACGAUGAGCUCCGGUGUCACCAAAUCCGGCCAGCAGAACAAGCCUGGUCAAGGUAGUCUGCCGCCAGGUGUUGCUCCAAGCAGCCAAGCUAUCCUGCUGGACAAGCUCAAUGUCCGGCGGGCCACGCCUGACUCGAUCUCCGAGGCCGUUGCUAGCUCAGACGAGGAGGCCGACGCCCAUCGUCAAGAUCACCUACCGCCUUUCCAGCAACAGAAGCCAGUCCGUCGUACUUCUUGGUUGACCGAAACAUCGCCUGCAGGCAUCCGUCCGAGGAAAGGGUCAUUUGCGAGUAGCUCCAUGUCGCCCACAGCCUCGCACCCGAGCACCCCCUCUGCCGAGUCCGGGGCCGCUGCCUGGGGCUCCCACCCGACCUCAGCCACCAGCAUAGGACGGCCCCAGCUGGGUUCCAACACCUUCACUUGGGGGACGGGCAUUUGGAACAACGACAGGAAAGAGCCGCCCGCGCGCCUGGCCGAGGUGUUACCAUCGCCCAGCUCGACUCUGCCAACCAGUAACCCAUUACUUGGCUCUGACGGCGGCCCACACCAAACAUCUCCAGCGCCCAGGGAAUCCGGACCCAACUCUCAGAUACCAUUUGCCAUCCCCAUCCAUCCGACCCCAAAGAACUACCGUUCUCAGUCAUACUCCGUCGGCCAGCUUGACCCGGAAACCCCCAACGCGAUGAUGGGAUCUUCCGCUAUCAUGGGGUCCCGCAACCGGGGUGUUCCUCACUCUGGGCUCCAGCACCGACCCUCCCGGCCCAGUAUGCUCAGUGAGAUGUCGAACGAGGGCGGGAUGCUGGGGAAGGUAAAGGAGGUCGAGGAUGACGAGGCCGGGAACGCAGAGGUUGCCCAAGCGCAGGCACAAUCAGCCGAGGCUAAGACGAUCGAGAUGCUCACGCGCGAGAAUGCGAUGCUGCGUCAGCAACAACAAUACCAUGCUGCUAAUCGCAUGAGACCGAGAGCAUCGACUGGGUUCGGCGGUAUAGGAAAUGGCUAUGGUCUGCAUGACCCAGUUCCGGAGGAGACAUCCGACUUUGCCGUGGACCUGGAUGAGUCUGGCGAGCUUUCCGACCUUGCAGGCAAGAGGGGUUUUGGUCGGAGGAUGAGCGAAUUCGGCGCGGGCCCAUUUCGGUCCUCCUUCUCCCUGGAAAACCGUCAGCUGGAGAAUGUCAAAAAGGCUCUCUGGUCGAGCUCCCUCGGGUUUGGCGGCCUGGCAGACAUUCCCCAGAGCAGACGCCAUUCCUUUGCGGAGAUUCCAACUCGGCAGCCGUCUAUCGGAUCAAUCGGCGACCACGUACACGCGCAGGAUCAAGGCCCCCAGGAUGGUCAAGAUUUUGGCGUCGGACAAUACGAGAACACUAUGUUGAACGCGGCCAAUGCUGGCGCGUACUUUACCGGCCCGUCUGGGAUCAACAGCUCCCAGCAGGCGCUUAUGCAAUCGGCCUACUCGAAUAUGUACCCGUCGGCGUAUGCGUUGCAGGCUCCAUUUUCGAACAGGCCCCCUUCUCCACACCGAGCGCUGUACGGCAUGCCCCAGCCUCGCCACGCGCAAAAGCUCCACAUUGUUCUCUUCAAGUGCAAUCGGGCGGAUGUUUUCUACAUUCAAGAAGGCACCGGGCUGACAGUGAAACCCGGCGAUUUGGUCAUCGUCGAGGCUGACCGAGGGACUGACCUUGGGACGGUGGCCAGAGAAAAUGUCGACUGGGGCUCAGCUAAAGAGCUGAAGGAGAUAUACGCCGAGGAGCACUACAAGUGGCUCAUGAUGUUCUCACAGAACGCUGCAGUUUCCCAAGACGGAGCCGGCGCUGGCUUGAUGGCAGCUUCCAACGGCAUACACGGAGGUGCUGUAGGAGGCAUGGGUCCGCCGAGCCAGCACCACAUGCAAGAACCGAACGCUGGUGAGCUUAAGCCGAAGCUCAUCAAGCGCCACGCCCAGCCCCACGAGGUCCAGGCGCUGCGAGAGAAGGAGGGCAGCGAAGCCAAGGCGAAGCGUGUUUGCCAGUCGAAGGUUAAGGACCACGGCCUGAACAUGGAGAUUCUCGACGCCGAGUUCCAGAUGGACUGGAAGAAACUAACCUUCUACUACUUUGCCGACUCUUACAUUAAUUUCAACUCUCUUGUGACCGACCUCUUCAAGAUCUACAAGACUAGAAUUUGGAUGUCCGCUAUUAACCCAGCUUCCUUCGCCAGCCCUUCCCUGGGCCUGCAGACUCCCAGCGGUAUUGGUCCGGGCGCUGUUGGUGUUGGCAGAGGUGGUUCCUCGGACCGUCGUCAGAACCAGCAGCAGGAGCAGUCCGCUUUCCCCAGCUCAUCGUCUUCAGGCAGACCGUUCCAACCAGCUCUCGUUUCACCGUUUGGCAGCGAACGAGCCGCGGCGCCUUUCACACAACCAAGCUACCCUUACAAUUAUAAUAACUCCUUCUCAAAUGUACCCAGACCGACCUCCUACACCCCCACAGCCACAUCCUCGAUGGAUCCAUACCCUACGAGCUUCCCCGGUGGGGACUAUCAGCUGCGCUCCCGAGCGUUCCCGCCACUGCAGAGCGGGGCGCAGCAGCAUGAUCAGCCGGUUUCUCCACUGACCACACAGAACGACUGGGUUGGGUCGUUCCAGAGCCUGUCUCUCAACAGCCGUUAGGAGCCGGUUGUUGAGGAGCAAGCUGAGGCAGGAAGAUCAGGGACCCCGGUUAUCGCCUCUGGCCGGACGGAACACCCAGAUGUGAGCCAACCUGAGAUGUGAUUGCGAGCAACAACAUUUGAACUUUUGAACAAACACAAGAGGGCGAGCCAAGGCGACUCUGCUCUUCUUUUGACGAGAAAAUGACAUGCCAGACUGUCUAGAGAGGGUUGUCAUUCGCGUUAGGCGUUGGCGGGCCAUCUGCUUUUCAUGAAGAGGAAAGAUUUUGUUGCUUUUUCUUCCUUUCAUUUUACAGACCGGGGAAAUUGGCAUUUCCUUUCUCGCGAGUUCCUCGUUCACGGAUUCUCUCGGCAUGGCUGGAAAGACAAAUGUGUUAAAAAAGGGCGAUUGUUGAUAGACAGAGGGGUAGGACCUGUCAUUGAGCACCGUAGUUUUUAAUCCGGCGACUCCCAAAAGGCUAUUUGCUUUUGUUUUCUCUUCAUUUCUGACUAUUUCUGCUCGGCUUGGACAGGACGCACGUACUUUGUUUGCCCUUGGAAAGAAGCAUCUUGUACACUCACUCUCUCAUUUGAGCAUCAACCCCCCACCCCCUGAUCUGGCCGGUGGCGUUGGUUAUUGUCCGCUGUUGGAAGAAUAAAUAUGAUUUGGCUACUCGUGGAUUGCAUGCAAGAAAUUGGAACAAGAGAUGUUUGAUACCCUAGUAGUUACAUUAUUCAUGAGACUCGGUAAUCCCGCAAGCCACCAUUGUAGCUAGACAUGGACAAUGUAUGUGCCUUUAA